UGUUGCUGUUGUUUGCAGGCGGACGUGCCUGCACGCCAGCAACAGAUCUGCGCGCAUGCGCACAUCAUUGUUUUGAUUGAAAAUGCCGUCGGUUUCGAAAACGGCGGCCAAUGCGUCUCCUCAAACUGAGAAACCUACCCACUAUACGUACUUAAAGGAGUUCAGGACAGAGCAGUGCCCGUUGUUCCUCCAGCACAAGUGCACUCAGCACAGACCCUUUACCUGCUUUCAUUGGCAUUUUCUCAACCAGCGACGUAGGCGACCCAUUAGAAGGAGAGACGGAACCUUUAACUACAGCCCGGACGUGUACUGCACGAAGUACGACGAGACUACAGGCAUUUGCCCCGAUGGAGAUGAUUGUCCUUAUCUACACCGAACCACGGGCGACACAGAGCGCAAAUACCAUCUACGAUAUUACAAGACUGGGACUUGUAUCCAUGAGACGGACGCUCGAGGGCAUUGUGUGAAGAAUGGCCUUCACUGUGCUUUUGCUCACGGCCCACACGAUCUCCGGCCUCCAGUCUAUGAUAUCAGAGAGAUCCAAGCACAAGAAGCCCUCCAGAAUGGCCAGUUGGGAUCUGGGGAGGGAAUUCCUGAUUUACAACCUGGUGUGCUCGCUAGUCAAGCUAUGAUUGAGAAAACUUUAACUGAAGAUCCCAGAUGGCAAGAUACCAACUUUGUUUUAGCCAAUUAUAAGACAGAUCAGUGUACCAAACCCCCCAGACUAUGCAGACAGGGCUAUGCAUGUCCUCACUACCACAACAGUAGGGAUCGAAGGCGAAAUCCCCGAAAAUUCAAGUACAGGUCAACUCCUUGUCCUAAUGUGAAACACGGAGACGAAUGGGGGGAACCCUCAAAGUGUGACGGUGGGGACAGUUGCCAGUAUUGUCAUUCUCGCACCGAACAGCAGUUUCACCCGGAGAUCUACAAAUCUACCAAAUGCAAUGACAUGCGACAAACGGGAUACUGCCCCAGAGGGCCGUUUUGUGCUUUUGCACAUGUAGAAAGAAUCCCCUCAACAGAGGAGACGAUGAACUCUUUGCUAACAGCCAUACAGUCAGGUUCACAGGCCCAGCUGGGCUCUCAGCAGUAUUUAGAGGGUCCGGUUGGUGAGUGGAACAGUGGUGGAAGCUCCAGCACAACCAGUAGCAACGGACAACUAGGAAGUGUUUCAUGUUCAAAUAAUACAACAGUAACAACAUCCUCAGGAAGCGAAAGCUUGCUUUCCCCAGUGGGAUCCAUCAGCAGGCCCGUAUCCCUAACUAAUAGUAGUUUAUGUUCAGAGUCCAGUUCAUCCAGUGUUCCAUCUCUGACGUCUAACUAUCCUAAAGCUCCGGGCUUUGAACGUGAGGAUCAGAUAAAGAGUAAAGGACAGAUGGAUCAAAAAUUAUUGGACCAAGAAAAGCAGUCGCAAAAUACUGUGUUUUCUGCUGUGAACCCUUUGGCAUCGAGCUUCACCUCCAGCAUCACAUCAAGUUUGGCCUCCAGUAUCGGAUCAGAUAGUUCUUCACCCACCACCUUAUCUACAAUGAAUGCAAAGGCCACUCCUUUCUACCCGGGGAGCAACACGGUGGAGUCCGUCAUCGGUUCUGCUCUAGACCUCAAUUUCAGUGACAUCAACGUCGCAUCUCUCGAUAAGGAGUUAGAGGAGCAAGACAACAGUUUAGGACUUUCAAGUCAAAGGGUGCUGGGUGGGUCGGCUCCCGUCAACAUUCCCGGCUCCCUGGCGAGAUCCUCCUCUUUUAAUUCCUCCUCGUCACUUUCCACCUCCCCGCUGAGCUCCCUCUCCCAGUCGCUGUCGCAGUCGCUGCUGUCGGGAGCGGUGUCUCAGCAAAACCAAGCUGCCAUGUUAGCCAAGCAGGAGCUCGGCCUCCUGGGAACACCCACCUCCUCUUCCCAGAAUUCCCUGGGUUUGAAUGGAGGAGCGAGCAACAUCUGGGACUUUGUUAGUGGCAGCUUUUCUCCAAGUCCAUCCCCAGUUUUCAGCAGCCUGACCUCCACAUCCAGCAGCACUGAUCUGGCCCGCCUUUUCCGGGAGCUGGACGAAGCUAAAAGGAAGAUCAAACAAUGGGAGGAGGCCUGGCAUCAAGUCAAACAGGCGUUUGAAGCUUGUCAGAAAGAUGCGCACGAAGCGAAGGAGCAAGCGAAGACCGCCGAGGCGGAGCGGCAGCUGGCGGAGCAGAAAUGGGAAGACGCCGAGCGCAAGCUGAAAGAACUCCAGGGAGACUUUGACGUGUUCUGUCGCACCCCUGGAACCCCGCUCCUCCGUAGCUACGGAGAGCUGGACCAGCUCUCCCUGUCCAAACUCCACUCUAUCCAGAGUCAGCUACGUAAUGACCUAGAUCUUAUAGACGGGGUAAUUUAUCAGCUUCAGUCAAAGAAAUGUAUAGUUUGCCAAAACCAUGAUCGUUGCGUUGUUCUGCAACCUUGCCAACAUUAUGUACUUUGUGAGAACUGUGCACCUAGUAAAGCAGAAUGUCCUUAUUGUAGAACAAAGAUAGUCAAGUGGUGAUGUACAGAAACCCAAGAUACUAUUUAAGAACUUAGUCUUGUUAAGAAUUACUAAUUUUCUGACGUCUGACUAUAAUCUUUAUGAUUAGAAACCAGUAUUAAAAAUCAGGUGUUCCCAGUAGAGAAUUCAUUCAUAGGUAGCUCUUCUUGUUUUAUGUUCUGUUGGACAUAUUCUCAGAUUAGAUUAUAAUUAACCGUAUUAUUUCACAGUAAAGGUCCAGUUAGAGAUUUUCAUGUUUUACUUAAAAUCAGAACAUAGCUGUAGAUUCUUCAAAUAAAUAAAAAAACUACUAAAUAUUGAGACAGGUUUAGCCUAAAAUAAAUGCAAAAUGACAUGUUUUAAACAGUACACAGGUGAUAAACUUCAUGAGAAACCCCCUGAGAAGUGAGGGAGCAGGAAAAUGAGCUUUGGUUUUCCAGGGAAGGAUUGAAGGCAUUUCAGCACCAGCUUUUCAAAAUAAAAGAAUUUCAGAAAUAUACAGAUAAAUAUAUAUAUGUACAACAUUUUACAAAUCUGUAUAUAGCUUUUGAAAAUGAUUUUUUUGUCAAUUUUAGAAGAAAUUCAUUUAAGUUCAUAAAAAAAAACUGCAGUGUUUUUCAUACAGUAAUAUCUAUCAGUCACUAAGCUAAGCUUUAGCUCAUAAAGCGUUUGAGCAUCUUUUCCUGUAUCCCAAAGUAAAUAUCAAAAUACAAAAAAUGCAUUUUUGUUAUUUCUGUAAAAAAUACUUAUGAAUGUUUUUCAGUGAGCAAAAAAAAAA